AUGUUUGACAACACGCAGUACCCCUACAACUGCUUUAAUUAUGAUGGGGAUGAUUAUCCUACUUGUAGUUCUGACGAAGAGAAAAAAUUCACCAGACCGGCGUACAGCUACAUUGCCUUAAUUGCAAUGGCCAUCCAGCAAAGUCCUUCAAAUAAAGUCACCCUCUCUGGCAUUUAUGACUUUAUAAUGAAGAAAUUUCCUUACUACAGAUCAAAUCAAAGAGCCUGGCAGAACUCCAUCCGACAUAACUUGUCGCUUAACAGUUGUUUUGUAAAGGUCCCCAGAACAGAAGGGAACGAGAAGGGGAAAGGAAACUAUUGGAGCUUUGCAACGGGAUGCGAAUCCAUGCUGGAUCUCUUUGAAAACGGGAAUUACAGGCGGAGACGGAGGAGGAGGAACGUGAAAAGGGAACAUAAGGAGCAGCGACCAAGCAGAGGGAAAAGUCCUUCAUCCCCCGAUAUGUCUUCUAUGGACUCUGCUUUAAACAACAUUUCCUCUUCUGAAAGUAAACAUGAAAGAAUUGAAUCGGGACUACUGGAGCCUCGUGGGUUUGCUCCAAACAGCAUGACCAACAGGCAGAGCCUAAGCAAUUCCUCCUUAGCAAAAUCGGAUUCUGAAAUUAAAUUCAGCAUCGAUUACAUUCUUUCAGCCCCCGACCCUUUGCCUGUCCUGAGAUCUCAAUAUAAUAUGCAAGAAAAUAAAUAUCAUCUACUGGAGGCCCAGCAAAUUAAUCUCCAGUUCUGGACAAUGUGA